AUGAUGUUGCCUCGCAUCGUGAAGAAACGGCAAAUAGCCAAAGGCAAGAGACAACAGUCCACAUUGUUAGGAGCCAUGGCGAAUAUCAGCAACAUCAGCAGCAGCAACACUGACCAAGAUGGCUACAUUGGGGAGUCAGUUCGCUACCAAAUCUUGAAGCACCACAAUGAUGCCUCGCCGGAUUGGGUGACUGAUAUGAUAUGGAGGAAGGAAGAUGAGCCACCAGUCAAGAAGUAUGAGGAGGAUGGUUAUAUGAGUAUCUCACCUGAUCGUGAACCACGCUUGAUUGUGAUGGGAUCUUGGAAGAUUGAACGCUCAUACGGACGCUCCAGCAAUACAUUAUCGACCACUGUGUUUGAAAUGGUCUUGAUGGAUGGGUCCGAAACACUUAUCAAAGCCGUGACAAACAGCGGGCUGUCCUUCCUUUUGAAGAACACUGGAGUGAUGAUUGGGUCCACCGUUAUCCUCAAGGACUACGUCGUCCUCCACCAUUCGACUGGGAAUGACUGCACCUUCAAGAAGUGUCUCCUUUUGAAGAACUUCUCGUGGAAGCUACCGCCUGAUCGACCCAUCAUUGAACCAGUUGGAGCUGGAAUCCGUCCAGUGGCUCGCCGACUUACAUAUGCCCGCAGCAACGUUGUCGAUACGGUGGAAACAACUCCACAUUCCAUCUGCUAUGACUUGACCGGCAUCAACAAUUGUCGCAGAAGUGGCGAGAUUCUAUUUACCGAGCCUGUGUUUUUGGAUGAGAACAGUGUGUCGAGCCAAGACAAGUUAGUGAACGUUGGACACGGGUACCUGCCUUCCCAACAACAGGAAACUCUGGGUAAAUCCGAUGUGGCAGAUACCUCCUCGCUGUCUUGUCAGUGGAGCGGAUUCGGAUAG